AUGGGUAAUGGCCAGGGAGUUUCCUGUGGUACUGCGGACUUUUAUGCCCCCUUACAAGCUCUGUUAAGACAGCGAGGGUUAAAGGUGUCCAAAGGUACAGUGGAGAAGGUGUUGGGCGAUUUUGACAAGCAUGCGCCCUGGUUCACAGUCUCCGGGGAUCUCACCCUUCCAUGCUGGGAUAAGCUGGGCAAGGAUUUGACUAGGGCCCAGGAAGAAGACCAGAUAACUGGUGCCACUCUCCCUCUCUGGCGGAUGGUCCGCACCUGCCUUGAGGAAGGUGGGUCCGAUAUAAUUCUGGAAGGACGUAAGGUGCUUAUGCAACACCAGGAUAGUCUCUCAGAAUCAGCGUCCAAUAAAGGGGAAGAAAAAAGGCCUAAGCAAAAGAAGAAAAGAGGAAAAAAGGAUCCUAGAGUGGUAAAACAGGAGGAGGGGUUACAGCCCUCACAUAAGAUAACUGAACAGUGCUCUCACGAAGCCCCCAAGGAAAAAAUUGCAAAAAGAGAUUUAUACCCUUCCUUGAAGGAAUUUUCUAACCGGUUUUCUGCCCUGCAUGUGGAGGGACAGGACCAACAGGGUGACUUUGCAAGUCACUCAGAAGGGGGAGAGUCAGAGGGAGAGGAGAGUCAGCUUGAUCCAGAUGAUUUUGAUGAUCUGGAAAGGGCGGCGGCAGAGUACGAGGCAGACAGGUAUGGGGAAUGGCGUGUACUAACGGCAAAAGCACAACCACAACCGAGAGGGCGCGAUCCGGGCGGCCCUUGCCCGUCAGCCCCUCCCCCAUAUCCGGAAAUGGGGCGAAGUCAUUUCAUAAAGGGACGUACCUGGUCAAGAUUGGCGGCCGCUUUCCCAGUUUUUGAGAGCCCCAUUGCUAAUGAAAGGAUUUUUGAGCCCGUUUCCUAUUCCCAGUUAAAAGACUUGGUGGAGGCGGUAAAAAUGUAUGGAGUAACGGCUAAUUAUACCACAGCCUUGCUCCGAAGACUGACUGUUAAUGCUAUGACGCCCACGGACUGGUUUGAGGUAGCCCGUACCUGUCUUAAUCACGGGCAGUUCCUUGACUUCCGGUCUAUUGUCCAGGACAAGGCACAAGCCCAGUAUAGACAAAAUGUUCGUGAUGGGCAUCCGGAUUGGACUGUAGAUAUGCUUCUUGGGCAGGGGCCCUUUACUGUAGAUCAAACAGGACACCCCUUUGAAGUGUAUCGACAAGUAAACACUCUCUUUUACAAGUCCUGGCGAGCCCUCCCGAAUAAGGGAGAAACGGCUGGCAACCUAACAAAAAUUACUCAAGCCCCUAACGAGCCAUUCUCUGACUUUGUCACCCGAAUGUUGGAAACAGCCGAGAGAAUGUUGGGAAACUUAGAGGCAGCUAUGCCAUUGAUACAACAAGUCAUUUUUGAACAAAGCACCAAGGAGUGUCAGAGAGCAAUCACCCCUGUCAGAACUCAAAGCCUGGAGGCGUGGCUAAAAGCCUGUAGGGAGGUGGGUGGUCCCCUGACCAAUGCGGGACUGGCGGCUGCUGUUCUGUCAGCCGCCCGGGCCACAAAGGAAAAUAAAGGAAAAGGAUGUUUCCGGUGUGGUCAGUUGGGGCAUUUUAAACGGCAGUGCCCGCAAAAUGGUGGUCCUGCGCAAAACACUCCCAAACCGCCAAGAACUCCAGGAGUGUGCCCUCGCUGUAAGAAGGGAAAGCAUUGGGCCAAUGAGUGCAGGUCAGUCAGGGACAUCAAUGGACACCCCAUCCCGCAAGCCAUCCCAGCCACUGAUCCAGAACAAGGGCCAAAAAACGGGGAGAGGGGCCCUCGUCCCCAGGGCCCAAAAAUCUAUGGGGCACUUCAAAUUCCGGCUUCCAAACAGCACCUACCACAAUCCCCCAGCCAAAAAGAGCAACCUCAGGCUCCGCAGGGUUGGACCUCUGUGCCACCUCUGGACUGGUAUUGA